GCGGGUUCAGCGCGCAGGGAUCCUGUUUCACGCGGUGCAGCUGCCUAGUAGCAGCAGCUUUUGCCUUGGGAAGCCAAAGUGUCCGGCGAGUAUUGUGCGUUCAUCCAUCAUGCUGCACAUGCUGCUGCUGCUGCUGCCCCUUGGAAGGCAGCUCAGCCCAUGCUGGGGCUGUCAGCUGCCCUCAGACUGGAGACCCUUGAGUGAAAGUUGCAGGGCUGAGCUGGCAGAGAUCAUAGUGUACGCCAAGGUGCUGGCACUCCACCAGGAGAUGUACAGCCUGUAUAAUUACCUGCCCUGGCAAUAUGAAGCCAGCGAGGGGGGGCUCUUUUACUCGGCUGAGAUAGAGAUGCUGUGUGACCAGGCUUGGGGAAGCAUGCUGGAAGUCCCUGCAGGCUCCAGGCUUAACCUCACUGGACUGGGCUACUUCUCCUGUCACUCCCACACAGUCAUGCAGGAUUACUCUUACUUCUUCUUUCUCAGAAUGGAUGAGAAUUAUAACCUCCUUCCUCACGGAGUAAAUUUCCAAGAUGCAAUAUUUCCAGACACACAGGAGAACAGAAGGAUGUUUUCCAGUCUCUUCCAGUUUUCCAAUUGCUCUCAGGCGCAACAUGUCAUAACUUUCUCCAGUGACUGGGAGAUUCAAGAGGACAACAGGCUCAUGUGUUCUUCAGUCCAGAAAGCCCUAUUUGAGGAAGAGGAUCAAGUGAAGAAACUGCAGCAGAAGGUGGCAACCUUGGAGAAACGCAACAAGCAGCUGCGAGACCGGGUGAAGAAAGUCAAGAGGUCCCUCCGGCAAGCCAGAAAGAACAACAGGCACAUGGAGCAGAUAAACCGAAAGCUCAGUGAGAAGCUCUCCUCUGCAGGAGGCCAAAUCCCACAUAUUAACUCUUUAAAACAAGAGAACUCUCAUGCUACCUACCUUAAAGUAUAAUGCAAGGUUUAGGGCAAAAGCCAAUGAUAUUGGUGACUUAGGGCCUGAUCUCAUGUUCCUUACACAGCCAAGUACUCCAGUGGGAGUUUUGCCUGCAUUAGAGUGCAGGAUCUGGUCCUCACACCUUGUCUACGCUGGCAUUUGAACCAUGUAUGAAAAACAAAUUGGAACUCUGUUUAGAUACAGUUCUAGAUAAGCAGGAUCCACGCUAGAUUUGGCUGGACACUGUAGACUGGACCAAGCUAUCUUAAGAGUGCUUGAAGU